UUGAAAGGAUAAGUGGAAUGCUUACUAAUUGGACCAAUAUGUCGGGACACUGUGAAAGGUAAUUACGGUCGCGUGGAGUCUGCUAGGCUGGGGCAUGAAUAGCAAAAACCGCUCUUCAUAAAAUCCGAAAAACUGCCACAUUCAAACUUGGGCAUGUCGGUUCAGCAAGGCACGACUGACGCAUAGGUUUUGAGCGUCCGGCGUGCCCGCAAUUUCUUGGAGCAGAUAAAUAACGAGAAGAACGAAGUUGGUUUGUCGGACGACUUCGAUGGCAGACGUAACACCGUCUCCUAAGCCCGGGCAAGGCUAUGGCAUUCAAAUUGCAUACCGUACAUUAUCAGUUCGCGUCGAAGAGAGGCAGACGACCCCCAAAUCUCCAACAGACCCAGCGGAUGCCAUUGCAAGCAUAGAUGUCCAUCUACUGAGCGUCGGGGAAGUGUAUACCCGGUAUUCUAGUCAUCCCACAGUCGGUUUGGAGCUUGCUGCUGUUCGUCGCAGGGAGCGCGAUGGCAAGAAUACCAUUAGUCCUCCACCUACUGUCUACUGGAAGAAAAUCCUUAAUUAUAUUUUUGGUGGCUUUAACUUUCUCAUGUGGAUCGCGUUCAUCUUGACCAUCCUCUCGUAUCAACCGCUCGGGCCUCCUCAAGCUUUUGUUCUUGGUGUUGCCGUGCUGCUGCUCCUCGUGAUCGUCAUUUCUGCUACAUUUUACGCUCUGGUCGACUGGAAUGCGAACAGGAUCAUGAAGUCAAUCAAAUCCCUAAUUGCGCAUGAGGCCGCGGUCAUCAGGGACGGAAACCAGCAAAUCAUCCAAGCUGCUGACAUUGUGGUUGGUGACAUUGUCGUCCUCAGCGCUGGCGACCGUGUCCCAGCCGACAUGCGUGUUGUACAGGCAUCAUCCGACCUUCGCUUUGAUCGCUCUCUCCUGACGGGUGAAAGCGAUAUGGUCCCAGGAGCACUUGAUGCAACAUCCGACAAUGCUCUGGAGACUCGUAACCUCGCAUUGACUUCUACUUUUGUGGUGCAAGGGACUUGUAAUGGCGUCGUGUUCGCCACGGGAGAUAGGACUGUUAUGGGACGCCUUGUCAAGAUGUCGGGAGAAACAAAGUUCAAGCUCACCACUAUCCAAAGAGAGGUGUGGUUUUUCACCAAAAUCAUUUCGUGUCUCGCUCUCUUCUUCUUCUGCUUGUCGCUUCUUCUAUACGGCGUUUGGUUACGGAAGACGUAUCCUGGGUUUGACACUCCGUCUUCUGCGAUCGUAAACGCAAUUGGCUGCUUGACUGCGUUCGUUCCCCAAGGCCUCCCGAUUUGCGUGGCACUCUCAUUGACUGUCAUCGCCCGUCGUAUGGCUAAACGUCAGGUCUUGGUCAAGAAUCUGGCAACCAUCGAGACGUUAGGAUGCAUGUCUGUUUUAUGUUCCGACAAGACAGGCACCUUGACUGCAGGGAAGAUGAUGGUCGAGAAUAUUGCCUUCCUCGAUGACACAUUCGGUGUCGAGGAAAUUACAGAUAGGGUUACGAAGGCAUCAGACCCCACCGUAUUUUCUGCUUUCAAGGCGCUCCAUCAGAUCGCGAGGCUUUGCAACGGCGCGAAAUUCGACACAGCGACUAACCACCUUCCUGUGCAGAAUCGUGCGAUCAAGGGUGAUCCGACCGAUACCGCUCUUUUGCGUUUCUCCGAUGCCCUUUCAAUACCAGAGCUUGGUGUGGAUGCCAAAACUCUUCAGCAGGAUUAUCAAAAGCAGUUUGAGAUCCCCUUCAAUUCUCGCAACAAAUGGAUGCUUUCCGUGGUUUCCGAAGUCAACACUGCGGAAAAGCAGGCGGAGGCAACCUGGAUGCUCGUCAAGGGAGCUCCUGAUGUUUUGUUCCCUUCUUGCAGCAACGUGCUACAAAGCGAUGGGACAGUCGUCCCGUUGACAAGUACAGCGAGACAGACGUUCCACACGCUUCAAGAGGAGUGGUCAAACGGAGGUCAACGAGUACUCGCGCUAUGUAGGAAACCUAUAGAAAAGAUCAAGGCUGGACUUCCACCGAACGACAUGGAAGAUCUUAUGUACUCGGAGAUGUGCGAUCUGACCCUGGUUGGGCUGGUUGGAAUUUGCGACCCUCCUCGCCCGGAUGUGUCGCCGUCGAUUUCCAUCAUUCGACAAGCUGGAGUUCGAGUCUUCAUGGUCACUGGUGACUUCAAGCUCACUGCUAUAGCCAUCGCACGUCAGGUCGGUAUCAUUACUCAGCACAUUAUCGACACCAUCGAAGAAGUUAGAGCCGCUGCUUCUGAGAAGGUCACACCGAAAUCUUCUUCUCUGGUCAAGCCAUCCGAUGAUGAUCCUAUCCGCUCCCUGGUACUUACGGGGGGAGACGUCACAUCUCUCACUUCAGCCGAUUGGGAUGUCAUCAUUGGGACUUACACAGAGAUCGUAUUUGCGCGCACUACCCCUGACCAGAAAAUGCGAAUUGUAGAGGAGAUCAAAGCUCGCGGAGAUAAUACAGUCGCAGUCACCGGAGAUGGUGUCAAUGAUGCGCCAGCACUCAAGGCUGCCGAUAUCGGUAUUGCGAUGGGUAGUGGCAGUGAUGUGGCCAAGGAAGCUGCCGCCUUGAUCUUGUUGAAGAAUGACUUUGCUUCCAUCCCUGUCGCGAUAGAGAUGGGUCGACUAGUCUUUGACAACCUGAAGAAAGUCACGCUGUACCUCAUGCCUGUGAGUCAUAUUAACGUGGGCAGUAUAAUCUCAGCAGGUUUGAUAUUCAUGGUGUUGCAGGCUGGAAGCUAUGCGGAAUUCAUUGCGGUCCUUACGAACGUGUUGCUAGGCAUGCAGAUUCCCAUGAACUCGUAUCAGCAAGUCUGUUACUGCAUCACCAACGAUGUUAUCAUGUCCAUCUCGCUGAUGUAUGAAAAGCCGGAGUGGGACUUGAUGCAACGCAAGCCACGCAACGCCAGGACUGAUAGGCUUACGGAUUGGCGUCUUUUCUUGCAUGUCUACUUGUUUUACGGACUGAUGCUGUGGCCCUGUGCGAUGGCGAUGUGGUUCUUGUACAUGCACCAGCACGGCCUCAGCUUCUCUAACGUUAUCUUGACUUACAACAAAUGGGGGGACGGCUGGCAAGGCUUCAGCGCCGAUCAACUAGCCCAGUUCGUAGACGUUGGUCAAUGCAUUUACUACGUAACGGUGGCCAUCGGACAGUACGGGACCCUUCUAUCGGUUCGCAACCGCCGAGUAUCGAUAUUCCAGUCGAAUCCUCUGUGGGGCCCGCGCCGCAACUUGCUAGUGCUUGUCGGCAUGACAGGAACCGUCUUGAUCUGCAUCGUGAACCUCUAUGGACCUGGCUUCCAGCAGGUAUUUAACACGAGGCCUAUCCCAGGGAUGUUUUGGGGGCUUCCGUACAUCUUUGCGCUGGGGAUCUUGCUCAUGGACGAAUCUCGCAAAGCCAUUGUGAGGAAUUAUCCGAAGUCUUUGAUUGCGUGGCUGGCAUGGUAAAGUCGAAGUGAUCAACGGAAUCAUGAUGUUGGAAUAUUUUUUUACGAAGUUGUACUUGGUGUAAAUUAUACGAUGCGUGAAUGUUACCGACUGUUGUUUCAGUAG